CUGGCCAAAGUUUACGACCCCCUCGGUUUGGUCUUGUCAACGACAUUGCCUGGGAAGCUCCUCUAUCGGGAAAUGUGCGAAGCAAACCUUGUUUGGGAUGGGGAAUUCCCUGAAACCUUAACGAAGCGAUGGAAGGAGUGGUACGAACAGUUCCCAGAACGCUACACAGUACCGAGGACAUUGGCUCCCAACCAACAAUCCAUCGUGUCGGUUAGUCUUCACGGCUUUGGUGACGCGAGCAAGGAUGGAGUCGAUGCAGCCGUGCCCGCAGUGAUCGAACAAGAGAAUGGCACAACUCAAGGUCUUGUGUGCUCUAAAUCUUCAUCGCGAAGAGGAACCUCACGAUCCCACGGUUGGAGCUCGUGUCAGGACAUGUGGCUGCAAACCUGGUAA